AUGCUCCCCUCCGGCGCCCGUCCCAACAAGUUCACCUUCACCUUCCUUCUCCGCGCAGCGUCAGCCGCCGCCGCUGCUCCUGCCCUCCUCCACGCCCGCCUCACCGUCCUCGGCCUCCACGCCGACCCCUUUCUCCGCUCGGCCCUCAUCGCCGCUUACUCCUCUUCCGGCCGUCGCUCCCCCGCUGCCCUGUUCGUCCGCCUCGCCGGGCCUCACCCGGACGUGGUCCUCCGCACCGCCCUCGUCUCCGCCCUCGCCCGUUGCGGCCUCCCCGACGCCGCACGCGACGCCUUCGACACCAUCCCGGUCUCCUUCGCCGACCUCAUCUCCGCCUACGCCGCCUCUGGCCGCCACCCCGACGCCCUCGCCACCCUCCGCCGCACGCGCCGCUCCGGCGUGCCACCCACCGAGGCCGCCCUCGUCUCCGCACUCUCCUCCGCCGCCUACCUCGGCGCCAUUACCGACGGCGAGCUCGCCCACCGCGAUGCCCUCGUCCUCCUCAGCCACCGCCCUUGGCACCGCGCUCUUAACCAUGUUCUCCAGGUGCGGCCGCUUGGAGUCCGCGAGGCGGGUGUUCGACGAAAUACCCCACAAUGA